UUUCCGAUAUUUACACGCAACCUUUGUCAACAGGAAUGCCGCUUGAGUCUGGUUUUCAAAGUUUGCAAGUGCAUACCACAUUUUUAUGCGAAGAGCGUUUCUCAUCCGAAACCUGUGUGCGAUUAUAAGACGCUUAAAAAUUGCUUGGGACAGCAUAAGGACUACUUUAUUAAAUUAUACCGGACAGAGAAGGAGACGAACAAAAGAAUUAUGGCCGAAUGUUAUUGCUACCAAAAUUGUGUGGACUCUAUGGUUUCUAUCCGCACAAAACAUGGAAAUUGACUAAUGAAAUAUCUCAACAAUAUAAGAUGCAAGAUUCUCUAAACGCUUUACGAAAUUUGGCGAGCAAAGGUAAUCGUUAUCCGCCCUCACAAUUUCUUCCACACACCUCCGCCUUCCGCCAUUACACAACUAAAGCAAAAAGAAGUCUUUUAAAACAGGAUGAAAGUAAAAUUAAAGUUUAUGAACCAAGAAUUUCAAAUACUUCGAAACAAAGAGUUUAUGUAUGGGGCCUUCAGGAAACCGGUGCUUUAGGACUACUCACCGAUGUAAAAAAAGCUCAAGAACGUUAUACAAGCAUAGUAAAUUAUCCUACACGUUUGCAGUUUUCGGUAAAUAACGAAAUCUUAGAUGUAACAGCAGGCUAUGGAUUUUCAGCAUAUGCGGUCAAGCGUUCCGAUGGAGAAACUCUAUUUGGUUCUGGUCUCAAUACAGACUCACAGAUAGGUUUCCAAGUCAGAAAUCGCGCUCAAGGCAUGAAAAACUUGGAUAUUAUAAUCUAUCCUACGGCUAUAAGAUUGCCGAGAGUUGAGGGUGAAACAGACAGCGAUAUGAUGGUGCGUUGUAUGUCGGCGGGAAGAGCUCAUUUGAUAGUAGUUACUCGCAAUGGUACAAUUUUCACGAUGGGCAAUAACUCAUAUGGCCAGUGUUGUCGCAAUAUUAUUGAAGAUGAGGUAUACCGUGCAAGUGGUGUGAUUCAUCGAAUAUCGGAAAAAGACAUUUGUGACCCAGAAGAUAAAAUUGUAGAUGUGGUCUGCGGGCAGGACCAUACAAUGUUUUUGACUAAAUUAGGAAAAGUUUACACUUGUGGAUGGGGCUCAGAUGGUCAAACUGGCCAAGGUCAUUAUAAUACGACCGGUACUAUAGUCCAGGCAAUGGGCGAUAUUAGCGGAGAAAAGAUUGUUAAAUUAGCUUGUUCUUGUGAUUGCGUUUUAGCUUUAAAUAAUAACGGAGAUUUGUUCGGAUGGGGCAAUUCAGAAUAUGGUCAAUUAAAUGAUUCGGACACAGUCAAUACACAAAUAAAUACACCAAUCCAUCUUAAACUAACGCAGGGAAUUGGAAAGUCAACAGACGUGGCUGCUGGUGGAUCGUUUUGUAUGGCUUUAAACGAGGAAGGUUUGGUAUACACAUGGGGCUACGGUAUUCUUGGCUUUGGUCCUCUUGUAGAGCAAUCUUCUAAGCCACAACUCUUGUUGCCACCAUUGUUUGGGCGCAAUGACUUUAGUAAUAAAACUCGUGUGGUGUCAAUUGGAUGCGGUGUUUUCCAUAUGGGUGCGAUAAACUCUGAUGGUGAUUUGUUUAUGUGGGGUAAAAAUCGUUUUGGUCAUUUAGGCUUAGGACAUAAAAAGGAUCAAUUUUUCCCUUUUAAAACCGCAAUCAACGGUAAAGUAACUAAAGUAGCCUACGGAGUGGAUCACACUCUAGCUAUUUCUAAGGCCUUCAUUUAAUAAAUGCAUCAAAUAAU